GUUUACGGAAAAAAAAAAGUAUAUCGUUGAAGGCAGUUGAAAAGAGGCGAAACCAUUAUGAGUUCUCCGAGCCACUCACUUGCGUUGAACAAGGGGUCACAACCUGGGCCAGACAGAACAGAAGGAGAAGACCACGGCUCAUGCCUGCUUGAAAACCAGCUCAGUGUGGGCGACUUCGUCAAAAUACAGAGGGCCUUCGAGCCCCUAGAGCCAAGUCAAACCAUUUGCAUGUCCAGAGAAGAGUUUAUGCAAAGGAUGCCAGAAAUUGUUGGUUGGGGCACAAAGGAAGAGUAUGGGAAGCUCUUUGACAAAGUGGAUGUGGUCCAAGAUGGAUUCAUUAAUUGGGACAAGCUGACUUCAUUUAUGCUGUUAGCACUUUAUGAGAAUGAUGAACGAGCAAAGGCGACCGUCGUUCCCCAGUGGAAAGAACUUGAAUUCCUCCCAGUGAAACACAAGGACACCAUUCAAAAAGUAAUUUUCUUAAAAAGUUCGAGUCGUUAUCUGACCAUCAGUAAGGAAGGUUUAUUAGGAAUCUGGGGAGAGAAUUUAAAACUGCAAGAAACACUUCCCAUCACUUCAGAUGCCAUCAAGCUUAAACACCUGUGGGUGACAAGUCUGGUUUCUCUGGAAAAUGUAAACAAGAUAGCGGUGGCUUUUACAAGUAAAGAGAUUUGUUUCUAUGAUUUGCUAUCUAAAGAAUUUCCUUGUCAAUAUAAACUCCAAGGCCUGAAAGGAACACCAAUUUGCCUGGAUUAUUGGUAUGACCCUCUAGAUGCCAAUGAAUCAAUUCUUUCCUUUGGGGACAUAACUGGAAAGGUUCAAGCAAUUGCUUUUACGACAGCCUUGAUUUCCCUGUUUGAGCGUCCUGCUAGUGCCUGUGAAGAUGAAGAAGCCACAGUGACCAUUAAUUGGGCAGAACUGCUCUCUGGAUAUCACAAAUGUUGUUAUACAUUAGAGCACAAACUUCAUCAUGGCGACUGGGUCAGGCAAGUUACUUACAAUGCAUCUUUAGAUGCUAUCAUUUCUAGCACAACCAACAAUACAAAUACAGUGGUGCUGGCUUGGAGAGAGAAAUCAAAAAAGCAUCUUAAAAUGACAUCCUUCAACAUUGCCCAGGGCAUUCAUGCUUUUGAUUACCACUCUCGGCUCAAUUUAAUUGCAACUGCUGGCAUUAACAAUAAAGUUUGCCUUUGGAACCCUUAUGUUGUCUCUAAGCCAGUUGGUGUUCUUUGGGGUCACUCAGCCAGUGUCUUAGCUGUCCAAUUUUUUGCUACAAGAAAACAACUUUUCAGCUUCUCCAAAGAUAAAAUUUUGAGACUCUGGGAUAUACAGCACCAGUUGUCCAUCCAGAGGAUAGCAUGCUCUCUCCCCAAAAGUCAGGACUUCAGAUGCCUCUUCCACUUUGAUGAAGCCCACGGUCGACUUUUCAUCUCAUUUAAUCACCAGCUAGCAUUGUUGGCAAUGGAAAGGGACACCAGCAAGAGGGUGAAAAGCCACGAGAAUGCAGUCACUUGUGUUCUUUACAGUUCAGUCUUGAAGCAGGUAAUCAGCUCUGAUGUGGGGUCGACGGUUUCCUUCUGGACAAUAGACACUGGGCGGAAAAUCAAACAGUUUACUGGUUGCCAUGGAAAUGCAGAAAUCAGCACUAUGGCCCUUGAUGCAAAUGAGACAAGGCUUUUGACUGGCAGCACAGAUGGGACUGUAAAGGUAUGGGACUUCAAUGGAUAUUGUCAUCACACACUAAACGUUGGGCAAGAGGGGGCUGUGGAUAUUUCACAGAUCCUGGUUCUUAAGAAGACAAUAUUGGUUAUAGGCUGGGACAGGGCUAUUACUGUGUUUCGACCUCAGAACUUCAAUCAAUUUUUCAUCCAGCCUGGAGAAUGGAAAGGAGGAAUACAGCACCGAGAUGAUAUCUUGUGUGCUGCAUUUUUACCUCCACACACUCUUGUUACAGGGAGUUAUGAUGGAGAAAUUGUUUUGUGGAACAAUAACACAGAAAAUGCUCACUAUGUCCUUCACCCUGAUUACCAGAGGCUGCUAAAAGCAAAAUCAGAUACAGUGCCUCAAAAGCUUCUUGGUUGUGGGAGGAGCUGCUUAAGCCACCCAGAUCAGGCUACUCUGGGAGCUUGUUCCUUUGAGACUGACACCAAGUACAAUAAUGCUGUCAUGAGGCUUUGCUUCCUUGAAGCAAGAAAACACAUUGCAGCAACAGGAGGCGCUAACUUAGUGUCAUGUGGAGGAUCUGGGUAUGUAAGAUUCUGGGAUACAUUUAAGAAGCAACUUCUGGCUGAAUUUUUAGCUCACAGUGGAGUUGGAUCCAUUAUUAUGGCUACCAAUAAAUUGAAUCGAUACCUUGCCACAGGAGAUCUUGAUGGAUGGUUGAAAAUCUGGAAUAUAGAGGAGUACUGUCUUAAUUCCAGUAAAAGCAAAAUCACACAGGCCCCAACUCUGAUAAGAUCAUUCCAACCUCAUGAAGACCAGAUAACUUCUUUAGAGAUCUGUGAGCUGAGUGGCCAUUCACUGAUUAUCUCCUCCUCUGCAGACUGCAGUGUUUGUGUGACUGAUGCCUGCGGUUCUCCUGUCUGGAUCUUUGGUCAGGCAAAGCAUUGGCAAAUUGAAAGCUUUUUUCCCCUUUCUAAAAAGGAUACUAAUGUAAUAGGAAGUGAGAUUCGAGAAGAAACCAUAAGGGAAAUCCCUUUACUUUCUAAUGAGGAAUCAUGUUUAGAGCCAACAGAACUUUCUCUACUUGAUAAAAAAAACAAAGACGAGUCAAUAUGCAACAUCAGGCCAUCAGAGCUCAUAAAUUUAGGUAUACAAUAUAAGGAAAGAAAUAUCUAUAAGAAAAAAACACAUAGCCUUUACAAUGGUGAAGUUAUACAAAAAUCAUCCAGUGCAUUUAGGUCAUUGAGCAUCGGAGCCCUGAAAGAGCUGCCUGAAGUGAAUACACCGGCUUUUCUUCUAGACCCUGAGAAAUAUUUUAGGAAAGAGCCAGAGGAGGACUGUCCCCGAAUUCCAGAGCUUCCAUCACUUUCUGAGACUUUGAAAGCUGUAUUUGUUGAGAAAAACCUGUUUCCCAAAGACAUUCUGGAUCGUGAACAAAGAGCCAAGCAAUUAUAUCAAGAAACAAGUAGUGACGUGAAGAUAAAAAGAAAUAAGAACAUGUAA